AUGGAUAUCUGGCCGAUCAGGAGCCCGGAGUCGCAGAGCGGAGAUCCACGCGCAGGGCUGCUGGGAGUGUAUCCGGUGUCCGGUGUGCUCUCCCGACACGAGUUUGCAGAGGUCACACCUGACUUCCUGCUUGAGUCAGGUGUGGCAGAGAAAUGUGCGAGGCUGGUGCGGGACAGUGGUGAUGGACAGACUGACAGAUGGGGUCAGGAGUGUCUGUGGAGCUGGCGCUGUAGUGAGAGUGGGGAGCAGGUGGGAAAGAGCCUGGAGAGGUUGGAGAGGAGAUGGCUGCUCUGGCAUGAGUUUAUGAAGGAGUACGACCACUUGGAUGCUUGGCUGAGAUUGGCCGAGGAGGCCGUCUCUUCCCCAAACUCCGUCCACAUUACCUACCAGACCGCCAAGGAGGAAAUGAAGAAGUUUGAGAGGCUGCGGCGAGAGGCGGGGCCUCGCCUCAUCCAGCUGGACAGCCUGACCCGGAGGAAUCGAACACUAACUCGGCUCUUCCAGGGUACCAUGCAGGCUCGGCUGCUGUCAUCGGCGAGGGAGUGCGGCCGCCGCUGGGAUGACGUGAACGCCAAACUGCAGUCCAUCACAGGCCAACUGCAGCUCUUUGUCUCAGAGUGGGAGGCGUUUGAUGCGCAAAGGGAGGAGCUUGCAGUUUGGUUGGCUGACAUGGAUGUCCGCCUGAUCGAGGUUGAGCAGCUGACAGGAAACGCCUGUGAAAAACUGAGACAGCUGCAGUCGUUUCAGGAGUGCGUGUGUGAGAAUUCGGGGCGCGUGAACGCCCUGCUGCAGCGCGGCGAAGCGUUGAUCCAGCACAGUGUGGCUUCUGACGCUCAGCACGUCGAGAGCCAGCUGCUGGAGCUGCUGCAGCAUUGCAGCCACGUCUACAACAACAUUGGACGAACACACACCCGGCUGCUCAGCAUGAGACUGGUGUUUGAGGACGACUGCAUUCUGUCCCAGGCUACAGACUCUGGUUGUCCUUCGGAGAGUCUUUUAGAAGAUGAGGGAACAGCUGAAAAGAUUCACCAUCCUCCUCCUCCAUCCUCUCCUACCCAUGAGCACCUGGGGCUGGAGUGGGACCCGUCAGUUGACAUUGGACGCUCUGUCUCCCGUGACGACGCCGACUCAUCGUAUUUCAGUGCCAGCACGGGUCUGAAGAGGUGGAGCUACCUGAGUUCCUUUGACUCUCAGUCUGACAUCAGCGCCGACAUCAGGAACCAGGAGGGAGACUUGCCGGUUGACUUUGACGGAGGCCGCGUGCAGGCGUGGCUGAGAGUCCAGAGCGCCGCUUUGCCAGAGAGGAGCACGUCCUGUUCGAAAGAAGUGCAGACUGACGGGAGGCUGAAGAUGUCACAGUGUUGCAUGGAUGAAAACCACGCUGAUGCAUCCAGCAGCAGCCAUGGCUGCCACGAUGACACACGGCGGCUUUCCCCGUCAGAUCACCUGAAUUUAAAGGCCAGCUGUGAUAGGAUGAGGAACCACUAUCAGUCACAAACACGGGAGGAAGAGGAGCUGUACUGCUGUGAAGAAGCAGAGCGUCUCAUCUCUGAACAAAGCGGGGCUGCUUCCUCGCUCUCCCCCACCCUCCUCUGCCUCCUCCUGGCUGCAGCACUGGUUCUGCUGGCCUGUCUGGCCUGGGUCUUCGCGGAGCAGCCAUGUCACCGCAGCAACACGAUGGCCCGUACCUGCCACCUGACACUGACAUACGUCAACGGACCCCCGCCUACCUGAGUGCCAGUGGAAAAGCUUUCUUGUGGCUCUUCAGGACAGAGGUUUGCAGCUUGCUGUGAGCAGUU